GUAACUGAACCUCUGGGUUGAGUGAAACCGAAUUGGUAUGGAUUUAUCGGGCAACCCCGUGGCUGGGGUCUACUGUCAGUAUAUAAAGUGGUCCUCCAACUUAAGGCAGAAGUACUGCUAUGCUGCAAAUACAGUAGAGCCCCAUAUGUUUAGGAUUUUCUUUUUUUUUUUCCCUCCCUGUUAGAAAGUUUGAAAAAAAGAGACUUUGAAGUAUUUUGUUUAUACUAACAGAAGAGAAAAGUUCUCCUAAGAAAAAGCUGGUGGCAGGAGUGUAGAGGAGUAGCAUAUGGCAUUAAAAGGAGCACAGCUGGAGGUAGCAUUUCCAUCUGAACAUGAUGUCAGAGCAGCUGACAGCCUGCCAUCCCUCAGCCUUUUAUUCUAACACACAGACAGGGAGUUAGUGUGUGCAGAUCUGUGUGUGGAGAAGGUAUCUCAUUCCUCUCUAACAUCAUCUCCACUUUGCAUCUGUCUCUCCUAGUCUGCUUUUUUUCCACCGAUCUAACAGACCUGGAGCCAGCAAGACUCAGAGGAAAGGACUUAAUCAGGUUUAUGUGUACUAAAGGUUAUGAAGACAGUAUGGAGUUUCCUGACCACAGCAGACAUUUGCUACAGUGUCUGAGUGAGCAGAGACAUCAGGGUUUUCUUUGUGAUUGCACUGUUCUAGUAGGAGAUGCCCAGUUCCGAGCGCACAGAGCUGUACUGGCUUCAUGCAGCAUGUAUUUCCACCUCUUUUACAAGGACCAGCUGGACAAAAGGGACAUUGUUCAUUUGAACAGCGACAUUGUUACAGCCCCAGCUUUCGCUCUCCUGCUUGAAUUCAUGUACGAAGGAAAGCUCCAGUUCAAAGACUUGCCCAUUGAAGACGUGCUAGCAGCUGCCAGUUAUCUCCACAUGUAUGACAUUGUCAAAGUCUGCAAAAAGAAGCUGAAAGAGAAAGCAACUACGGAGGCAGACAGUACAAAAAAGGAGGAAGAUGCCUCAAGUUGUUCAGACAAAGUGGAGAGCCUCUCCGAUGGCAGCAGCCACAUGCCAGGAGACUUGCCCAGCGAUGAAGACGACGGAGAAGAUGAAAAAUUGAACAUCCUGCCUAGCAAAAGGGACUUGGCGGCCGAGCCUGGGAACAUGUGGAUGAGAUUGCCCUCAGACUCAGCAGGCAUUCCCCAGACUGGCGGAGAGGCAGAGACGCACGCAGCAGCAGCUGGAAAAACAGUAGCCAGCCCCUGCAGCUCAACAGAGUCUUUGUCCCAGAGGUCUGUCACCUCCGUGAGGGAUUCAGCAGAUGUUGACUGCGUGCUGGACCUGUCUGUCAAGUCCAGUCUUUCAGGAGUUGAAAAUUUGAACAGUUCUUAUUUCUCUUCGCAGGACAUGCUUAGAAGCAGCCUGGUUCAGGUGAAGGUGGAGAAAGAGGCUUCCUGUGAUGAGAGUGAUGUUGGCACUAAUGACUAUGAUAUGGAACAUAGCACUGUGAAAGAAAGUGUGAGCACUAAUAACAGGGUACCGUAUGAGCCAGCCCACCUGGCUCCAAUGAGGGAAGAUUCAGUCUUGAGGGAACUAGAUAGAGAGGACAAGGCAAGCGAUGAUGAAAUGAUAACUCCAGAGAACGAGAGAGUCCAGGUGGAAGGAAACAUGGACAGCAGCUUGCUUCCUUAUGUGUCAAACAUACUUAGCCCUGCUGGCCAAAUUUUCAUGUGUCCUCUCUGCAACAAGGUGUUUCCUAGCCCCCAUAUCCUGCAGAUCCAUUUAAGCACGCACUUUCGAGAGCAGGACGGGAUCCGCAGCAAACCUGCUACUGAUGUCAAUGUCCCAACCUGCUCGUUGUGUGGUAAGACUUUUUCUUGCAUGUACACCUUGAAACGUCAUGAGAGGACUCAUUCAGGUGAAAAGCCCUACACUUGCACCCAGUGUGGGAAGAGCUUCCAGUACUCCCACAACCUGAGCCGCCAUGCAGUGGUUCACACGCGAGAGAAGCCUCAUGCUUGUAAGUGGUGUGAGCGCAGGUUCACACAGUCCGGAGACCUUUACAGACACAUUCGGAAGUUUCACUGUGAGCUGGUGAACUCAUUGUCUGUCAAAAGCGAAGCACUGAGCUUACCUACUGUCAGAGACUGGACCUUAGAAGAUAGCUCACAAGAACUUUGGAAAUGAAAUUUUUAUAUAUAUAAAUAAUAUAUAUAUAAAUCUAUAUAGUUGUGGUACAGUCUAAAAGCAAUCUUGUUUCCUUGAACUGAAAGUUUGGCUAUUAGCUUGUUUUUGCACUUUAAGGCAGCAUGAACAUUUCACUAAUUUAGCACUCCGAUAAAAAAAUGAACUGUAGAGGUAAUCCGACAAAUUGCGGAGCGUAUUUUCCCCCUUCUUGGAAUACAAGUCAGCAGAUACUUUUACUUCUAAGAAAUCUCCAGUUCCAAAAAUUUGGGCUUGGCUUUAUUCUCCCCAAAACACUGCAUUCAUUUGAGCUCUCAAUCUUUUCCCCUCUUAAAAAUCUGAAUGUAGAAUUCCUCUUCCAAUUUUGUCAGUUCCUUUACAUGUCUAUAAUUGCAUGAGUCCUUUCUAGCUGUUGGAAACCUGAAUGCUUUUAGACCCAAAUGGAAAAUUUCUGAAAUGCUGGAUUAUCUAUUUUUAAACAAGCGGUUGACUUAAAACUUAUUAUGGCAACUUCUGGAUUUCUGACAGUUCCCACUGGAAAAAAAAAAAAAAAA